AUGGACACUACGUUUUCAGAUGAUGAGAAGAGGUUCGUCCUAGGCGAAAUGAUCAAAGUCAGCACCAUCGACGUCACUACACUGAUCGACUUCAUCCGGGCUCACCAAAUCGAGCCAAACUGGAUGUCUAUGCAACUUCCCGGUGGCCGCAACAUGAACCAGUGCCUGGGGGCAGUCGACAACAUGUUCCAAGUUAGAUUUCCCCCGCCGAACUUGAUUAGAUUCAAGCGCAAGUCCCUGAGCGACCUGGUCGACCAACCCGCGAAGAGACAAGCCAUGAUGGCGCCCGUCGAAUCUCCUCUAGCCCCGGCGCGUGUCAUACAGCCUCGGCCUCCACCUCCACCGCCAAAUGGCUAUAGGCCGGCACCUAUUGUCAUUACCGGUAGCAGUCCGGUCACGACAACGACAACGACGUCGGCGUCGACCACGGGCAAGAAGCGCGGUAGGCCGUCCAAGGCCGACAAGGAAGCUCAAGCUCAGGCUCGCGCGGCCUACUCUCGGCCAACACCGAUCACGCCCGCGCCUCUGCCUCUGGCACCCAUCGUACAGCAACGCGAAUAUGCAACCUCUCCCGGUUACGAGAUAGCUAGCAGCCUGGCCGACCAAAAUUCGAGAAUGCGCUCCAGACCCGGUCCGGUCGACAGCCCACGACAAACGAGUGGUCCAUUCCCGUUAGCCUCGCCAGCUUCUACCACGGGCACACCCCGCGCCCUCCCGGAACCUCUGGAACAGGUGGAGAGGGCUAAUCUGUCCCCUCGCGAUCAACAAGCCUCGGCUCCGCUGGACUCGCGAUCACCAACGCUGCACGCGUACAUCCAGCACCAAGAGCCAUCGCCGCGCGCACACGCCCAUCCGCAGCCUCGGCAACAGCUCCCAGUCCCGAUACAGCCUUCCCCACGGCCUUUGCAACCAUACGACCAAUACCGCGGCCCCGAUCCCAUAUUUCCAGACCGGGACAGGAAUCGGAGUAUGCCCGACCCGAUAUCGAGGAACUCGCCACCUUCCCCGGUAGUAAACCGAGGUUGA